AUGCCGAGCAUUGUCAAUGGGGUCAACGGCAUUGCGCAUAGCUACGACUACCCGGAGCCAACGCCCGAAGGCCCAUACCGGGUGUUGGAUCAGUAUCAUAGCAAGCCCAGACGACUGAGAGUUGCUUGUGUGGGCGCUGGAGCCAGUGGGUUAUGUUUGGCGUACAAGAUGGAGAAGAUGCUCGAGGCUGGGAGUUGGGAGCUUACACUGUUUGAGAAGAACGCACAUUUCGGUGGAACCUGGUAUGAGAAUACUUAUCCCGGCGUAGCCUGCGACAUUCCAUCACACAACUACACCUUCACCUGGGAUCCGAACCCAAACUGGUCCCACUUCUUUGCGUACGGCCCAGAGAUUCAGAAGUAUUUCGAAAACUUUGCGAAGAGACAUGGGAGUGAAAGAUACAUGAAGCUCAACAGCAAGGUCGUGGAAGGACGGUGGGACGCAGAGCAAGGAGUUUGGGAUCUAACGAUUGAAGAUCAAGUCACCAAGGAGACCUGGCAUGAUUGGGCCCAUGUCUGGGUGAACGGAACAGGAAUCCUGAACAACUGGAAAUGGCCCGACAUCGGAGGCCUGCAUGACUUUCAAGGCCCAAAGAUGCAUUCGGCGUCGUGGGACCACGGAGUCGACCUCGACAACAAGACCAUCGGCGUGAUUGGUACUGGUAGUACAAGCGUUCAGAUCGUGCCUCAACUGCAAAAGAUUGCCAAACAAGUGCAGGUCUACAUGCGAAGUCCAACCUGGAUCAGUCCUCCGUUUGGUGCUGGAGCACUCACGAGUGUACAAAAAGGCAAAGAUGUGGACCCUGGCCAGAGGCAGUAUGAGUUCACGGAUGAAGAUAAGAAGCGCUUCCGUGAAGACCCUGACUUUCACUUGGAGUUCAGGAAGGGCAUUGAGGCGGAGAUAAAUGGUUUGUUCGGCAUGUACAGACAAGGCUCAGACCUAUCACAUACCUUCCGGCAAGUUAUCACCGAGGAGAUGAAUAGAAGAAUGGGGCCUGGCAACGAGGAGCUGAAGGAGUUCAUUAUCCCAAAAUGGUCACCAGGCUGUCGAAGAAUCUCCCCAGGAGACGGUUACCUCGAAGCACUAGUGCAAGAAAAUGUCGAGCCAGUCAUGAGAGGCAUCAAACAGAUAACUCCACAAGGAAUCCUCACCGAAGAUGGCGUUGAGCACAAGAUGGACGUCUUGGUUUGUGCAACAGGCUUCAAAGUCGCCUUCAAACCCGCUUUCCAAGUCAUCAACGCCCAAGGCCAAUCGAUCGACGAAGACUGGUCGAACGGCCCAAACCUCUACCUAGGUACCUCAGCCCCCCGCUUCCCGAACUACUACACCAUCGUCGGACCAGGCGCGACGUGGUCAUCGGGGACACUCCUCCCAUCCAUCGAAACCACAAUCGAGUACGCAGUCAAAAUGAUGCGAAAGAUCUCGACAGAGCAGAUCAAAGCGAUCGAGGUCCAGCAAGAAGCUGUGGAUGAGAUCUACGCCCAUUUCGAUGAGUUUCAUAAGAAUACUGUUUGGCAGGAGGAGUGUCGGAGUUGGUUCAAAGACGGGAAGAUCAAGAAUCGGAUUUACCUAUGGCCGGGGAGUACGAUUCAUUUCUUGAAGACGAUCAAGGAGCCGAGGAUGGAGGAUUAUAACAUCACUUGGCGAUAUAGGAAUCGGUUUGCUUUCCUUGGGAACGGAGACGUCAAGGCAACGGCCAGUAGGGACGUUGCUGGGCUGAGUACCUACAUGCGGAGCAGUGAUCACGAGUGGAGCGUGGAGUGA